GAGGGUAUGUGAAACACAUCUUUAGCAUCGGAAGCAAGAUUGCGUCAGAUGUUGUAAGAAAAGGCCGCUAAUUGUUGCUCCUAAAAUCGAAUCCCAGUUCUCUGGUUCAAAUGUUCCGGAGCGGGAGCGCAACGCGGGUGCAAUCCUUGACUCGCUCAUGCCGAAGGAAGCUGCUCUAGAUUCAUUCUCAUGGAUCAUGUGGGUGCUUUUCCGACGAGCUUCGCACGAUGAGCUACUCUAAACUCCCAUCAAAGAGCUCGUCUUUAGACGAUCUCAAUUUGCUGCUGCAAAGAUGCAUCAAAGCCAAGUCUUUGUCGCUGUCCAAGCAAGUCCAUGCCGUGUUGAUUACCACUGGGACAGGUCGCUCUUCCCCGUCCUUGUGUUCGACCCUCGUUGGCUCGUACGGAAGCAGCGGCGACUCGAACUCCGCAAAGCUCGUGUUCGACACGAUUCGGCACCCCAGUGUCUUCGCGCUGAAUUGGAUGGUUUCAAUCUCGGCGUUCGAUGGGGAUCACGAGGAGGCAUUCGGGUACUUCGCCUCGAUGCAGAAACUGGGGAGGACGUGCAAUAAGUUCACGUUCUCCAUCGUGCUCAAAGCUUGUAUUGCCGUGAUGGAUGUAUUGAAAGGGAGAGAAAUUCACGGUGUCGUGUACAGAAUGUAUUUGCAAGAUGACCUAUCUGUAGCGAAUUCUUUGAUAGAUAUGUAUGGCAAAUGUGGGAGGUUGGAUCUUGCCCAUAAGGUGUUUGGCAAGAUGUUUACAAGAGAUGUAGUUUCUUGGACGUCGAUGAUUUGUGGGUAUUUCCAUGUGGGGAAGAUGCAAGAAGCUGUCGAGCUGUUCGAGCGAAUGAGAAGGGAAGGGCUAAAACCAAAUGACUUUACGUGGAACGCGUUGAUAGCUGGUUACGCUAGGAGCGGAGAUAGAAAUGGGACGAUGGCACUAUUGGAUGAGAUGAAAAGUGAGGGGCUGAUUCCCGAUCUGGUCACUUGGAAUGCAUUGAUUUCUGGUUUUGUUCAGAGCAACCAAGUCCAUGAAGCUUUGAAACUUUUUCAGGAAAUGUUGGUGUCGGGGGUUAAACCAAAUCAAGUCACGGUCACGGGUCUUCUCCCUGGAUGUGGAUCUACGGUUACAAUUGACAGAGGGAGAGAAAUUCACGGUUUGAUUUACAGAAUGGGACUUGAUAUGAAUGUAUAUGUAUCUAGUGCUCUUAUUGACAUGUAUUCGAAAUGUGGGUGUGUCGAGGAUGCUUCCAAUGUUUUUGACAUGGUGACCGUCAAGAAUGUGGCUUCCUGGAAUGCAAUGAUCGGGUGCUAUGGCAAGCACGGAAUGGUUGAUCAGGCUCUUCAGCUGUUUGAGGAAAUGAAGGACGGACAGAUUCGGCCAAAUGAAGUGACUCUGGUUUCCGUUCUUUCUGCGUGCAGUCACGGUGGCUUACUAGAGAAAGGUUUACAAAUUUUUAGAUCCAUUAAAGAGGAUUAUGGUGUUAGUCCCCGAAAAGAACACUUUGCUUGUGUGGUUGAUCUUUUGUGCCGUUGUGGUAAGAUGGCAGAAGCUUACAAUUUGUUGAAGGAGAUGCCUGUGGAUGUCACUGAUUCAAUUCUUGGAGCCUUUUUUAAUGGGUGCUCGAUUCAUGGAAGAAAUGAUUUGGCUCAGCUAGUUGCUGGUGAUAUUGCGAACAAGAGGUUGAAAAGACCUGGGGGUCUUGCGACACUGUCAAACAUUCUUGCAGCCGGUGGAGGAUGGGAGGGGGUCGAGAAUGUUAGAGAUGUCAUGAGGGAGAAAAGGAUCCAAAAGAAACCUGGCUACAGUUGGAUUUAGAGGAGGGACUCGCACCGGAGCCACAAUAGGACACAGUAUAUCGGAGCAGGAACGAGCCAAUUACAAGAUAGCGGUCUGCUCUUGUCAACUUCUACUGCAAACCUCGAGUAUUGGAUGGAACACACACAAGUUACCAAAAAUCAUCAGAACUACAGAAAACUGAAGAUACAUGUCCACUGUUCUGGAUCGCGGUUCUCGCUCCUAUUGCCAUUCCUCAAAACUUGUUUGUCAGAAGUUGAAGCGUGUGACCCCUUGCAGGAACAAACUGCAAGCAAAAGAACCUGUGGAAACCCUUCUGUGAUAGGUAAUACUCAUGGUAUCUGCCAACGACAGAAUUCUGGUGAUCCUGGUUGUAGUUCGAGUGUCCAAGAGAGGCUUUAUCAGAGAACAAACUGCCUCUAUUGGAAGCAUUAUCAGUCCAGCCAAAUGUUUACUGCUUUCUAGAGGUAUUGGUGAAAGGACCCAAGCCACCGUGCGUCUGUGAGCUUGGGCACCUCAGGUUUGGAUGUCACGUUACCCUUCGGUCAUAAACUCCUGACGAUUAUACUCGGACUGGCAUCGUCCCACGGGGUAAGGUCUUGUACGGAGCACGGUCAUGGUUCGAUCCAUCAUUUCUGUAAAUUGUUUUAAGUCACUGGUCAAUAAAUCAAGUUUACACCAUUUCAAUUCACUAAGUACUUUCAAAAAUUAAUAUCUCCUCCUUUAAGGAAUCCGUUAAGAGACGCGUUAACAUACAAUGUUAGUUGAUCACGGACAG